GCAGCAGCAGCAGCAGCAAGAGAGGCUGCUUUACUAGAAGCAUUAAGAUCUCUUAAAGAAGAGACAGACAAGACAAACGAAGAGAGAGACAAAGAAGUAGAGGAGCUGCAGCACAAGCUGCAGAAGACAGCAGCAGCACUUCAUAAAGAAAAAACAGCAAAGGAGACGCUGCGCUCCCGAUUUGAAAGGGUUCAAGAGGAGCUAGAAGGACAGACAGCGGAGUGCAGCAAACUGCGCGAUGCGUUGGGGGCCCUGGAGCAGCAGCACCGCCAGCUGAUGGUUGCAGUAGAGAAGGAAAGAGAAGCAAUCUCAGAUAAGCAGCAACAGCAGCAACAGCAGCAGCAACAGCUGGAGCAGCAACUGCAGCAGCAACAGCAGAUGCUGCAGCAACACAAACUCAUGGGAUCAACUCAAGCAUCGCAGGCUCUACAAUCUCAGCAGGAGCAGCUGCAGGAGCUGCAGCAGCAGCUGCAGCAGCUGCAGCAGCUGCAUGCGCAGAGCAGCAGUCGGUGGCGGCAGAAGCUUCGGGUGUACAAGCAGCUAUCUCAGAGCCUCCGAGCAAAGCACUGCCACCUGCAGCAAGAAAAGUCUGUGCUGCUGCAGCAUAUUAAAAGCAUUCGUCAAGAAGGAGGUGCUGCUCUCUCGCAGGUUCUUGCUGCUGCUAACGGGCCCCUCUUGUCCCCAAUGGAAAGGCACGAACUCCUGCUGCUGAAGCAGCAGCAGCAGCAGCAGCAGCAGCAGCAGCGGAAUCAGCAGCAGCAGCAGCAGCAGGAAGCGGAGGAGGACGAUGCGCCGUUCUCUGGCGAGAGGGCGAAUAUGUAUGAGACUGCAGCAGCAGCAGCUGCUGCUGCAGCUGCAGCUGCAGCAGCAGCAGACAUCUCCCAGCCAGCAGCAGCAGCCGCUGCACCAGGAAGAGACACCUCUCUGUUGCAUCUGCUGUCUCCUUUCCCAAGGCAGACUUCGGCUCCCUGCAGCAUUGCUGCUGCAGCAGCAGAGAGGCAGCAGCAAACUAGCAACAGCAGCACAUCUCAUUCGCUGCUCUUGCAGCAGGACAGCGCAGCAGCAGCAGCAGCAGCAGCUGCUGCUGCUGCUGCUGCUGCGCCGCAACAGCUUCAGCAGCAAAGACAACUGCAUGCACUGGCGUCUCCUCUGUCUGCUGCUGCUCUGUCUGCUGCUUCCCCAAGGGCCCCUGGGGGCCCCUGGGGCCCUGAAACAGCUGCUAUGCAAACUGCUGCAGCAGCAACGGGGUUUAGGGGGCCCCAGGGAUCAUCGACUCCAGCAGCUGCUGCACGCGCUCCUGCAGCAGCUGCUGCAGCAGCAACAGCAACAGCAGCAGCAACAGCUGCAGCAGCUGUAGCUCCACUUCGAGCGCCUGCAUGCCUAGCAUCCCUUCCUACAUCUAAACCCUUGGGGGCCCCUAAACCUUUUGUGGGGCCCCCAUCAAGAUGUGCGGGGCCCCCUGUGCCUAAGGGGGCCCCCGCCUCUAUGGGGCCCCUCCCCCUAUCUAUGAGGGCCCCUCUGCCUGGGGGCCCCACCCCGGUAUCUAUAGGGGCCCCUAUAGGGGCCCCUGUGUCUGUGGGUCCCCCCACCGUAUCUAUAGGGGCCCCCAUGCCUGGGGGGGGCCCCCAAGGCCCUGUUGGUGUGCUAAGGGCGUUGUCCUGGACCUCAACAUAUUCUGCUGCGCAGGAGACAGAAGGAGACAACAGAGAAAGGAGACAGCAAACGCCUAGAGGAGACACUGCAGCAAAUGCUGCUGCAGCAGCCGCCCCUCCUCAUAGGGUCUACUGCCCUCUACACGGAACACUCACAGGGGCCCCUAUGGGGGCCCCCAUAGGCAUAGGGGCCCCCAUAGGCAUAGGGGCCCCCACAGGCGUAGGGGCCCCCACAGGGGCCCCCAUAGGCAUAGGGGCCCCCACAGGGGCCCCUACAGGGGCACCUGUAGGUGUUGUGCCUGAGAGAAGAGAGGUGCUGAGGCCCCAAGUGAGGAGGGCCUCCACUAUGCCUGCUGGCGGUGCUGCUAGGGUUUUAAUAUCAUAA